AUGGCGAUAAGAGUUUCGGAACCCGACGGGCGGGCUGUGGAACUUUUGGUGGCCGUGCCCGGCUCUCCUCCCCCCGGAUUCCUGCGUCAGGAAAACCCGGGGAGAGAGGCGAGGGGCCUGGAGGGUGGAGGAAUCUCCCUCAGCCCGGGCCUGGCGUCCAUUCCCCGGGGUCGGGGGUGUGUUGGUCCACCUCCAUGCUACCACAUCCAGGCAGCCUACACAUGCACGCCCGUGGGCCCCUGUGGCGCAGUUGAGAAAAUGGACAGGAUGAAGAUCAUCAAGCGAAGGCUGUCCAUGUCUCUGCGCAGCUCUCGGCCCGUCGAUGACUCGCUGUCUGAACUUGCAGAACAGAUGGCUUUGGAUGAGCCAUCCACAGCCAGAGACAACGUCUUCAUCACAUGUGACUCAACAUGUUUUUCACUUUGCAUGUCUCAAGCACUUUCCAUUUCCAGUUUUCAUUGCUUUAAUGCCCAGCUGUUCUUCCUCUUCUAA